CGUUCUCAGCCACAGCUUUUGGCCAGAGCGAUCUUACUCCCUACCUAGUCGUCUUCGUGUCUACUGCUGCCCAUUGCCCGAACUGGUCUAAUUUAUUGCACUGUUGUAUUGUAAACCGCCUCUGUAAAGUCACUUCUAAUCAUGAAGUUCACCAAGCCGGCAUGGGUCACACACAAGGAUUCUGCCAUGAAGGGCGAGCAAGAGAAGAGGGUCACCAUCUUCUCCGUACACGUCCAUCCAGACGGCUCGCGGAUAGCUACGGGCGGCCUCGACGCGAAGGUCCGCAUAUGGAGCACCAAGCCGAUCCUCAACGAAGCGUCCGAGGCGUCAGGGAGACCUCCGAAGAGUCUGUCUACGCUGACGAUGCAUACGGGACCGGUCCUCGUCGUACGAUGGGCGCAUUCAGGGCGGUGGCUCGCGAGUGGCAGCGACGACGAGAUUGUAAUGAUUUGGGACCUCGAUCCCUCUGCAAAAGGAAAGGUGUGGGGCUCCGACGAAGUCAACUUCGAGGGUUGGAAGCCGCUCAAACGGCUCCCGGGUCACGAGAGUGAUGUCACAGACAUGGCUUGGUCACCCGGAGACCGCCACCUUGCCACAGUCGGAUUGGACUCGUGCGUUCUGAUCUGGUGUGGGUAUACUCUCGAACGCCUGCGCAGGAUAGACCAGCACCAAGGCUUCGUCAAGGGCGUCUGCUGGGAUCCAGUGGGGGAGUUCCUCGCGACGGGGUCUGACGAUCGGUCGGUGCGGAUAUGGAGAACAACUGACUGGCAGCUCGAAGCUGAGGUCCGAAAGCCGUUUGAUCAUUCUCCAGGGACGUUCUUCAGGCGAUUGAGUUGGUCGCCCGAUGGUGCCCAUAUCACCGCCUCGAACGCGACGAAUAACGAUGGAUAUGUUUUCAUCGCUGCUGUGAUCGCCCGCAACACUUGGACGUCUGAGAUUAGUCUCGUGGGACACGAGAACACCGUUGAGGUUGCUGCGUAUAACCCACAUAUAUUCCUCCGAGAUCCGUCGCUGCCUGUAGUCGCGUCAAAUAUCUGCUCCGUAGUUGCCCUAGGGGCUGACGACCGCGCGGUGUCAGUGUGGCAGACGAAGUCGGCACGGCCGCUGAUCGUCGCCAAAGAGGUCUUCGAAAGGCAGAUCAUGGAUUUGAGCUGGUCGCAGGAUGGGCUUACGCUAUACGCCGUGUCUUCGGACGGCACUAUGGCUGUCUUCAGCUUCGACGCGGAGGAACUAGAAGGAAUUGCCCCCCAGUCCGCGCAGGAACAAUACCUGAAGAAGUUCGGCUUCGUCGCGGCGCCGCUGCCCACUGGCUACUCGCACGAGGUGGCCCUCGAGGCGCGGCAGACCCCAGGCAACGCCCGCAUGACGCCGCCGCCAUCACCUGGGCGCGCAGAGGCCAAGCCGACGCAGACACAGACGGGCUUCGGCGGGGCAUCCGCGAACGGCGGCGAGCAGAUCAACCAGCUCGUCGCGAAGCGGAAGGCGAAGAAGCGGAUCCAGCCGAACUUCGUUGGUGCGUUGCCGGGCUCUGUGCCCUCUGCGGCCAACGUUCCCUCUGCAGGCGUUGGCCGCCCUCCCUCCGCCGCUGGACCAUCGUCCUCGUCUGCACCCCGCCCACCCGCGUCGCACCAGCCAUGGCUCGGAGGCGCGAACCCGUUCGGCGCGGAGAUCACGGACCUUACGGGUGACGACGUCGACCGCGACGUGGACAUGUUCCCGGGUGACCUGAGCACGGACGUGCAGAUCGCCGCGCUGGACACGGGCAGGGCGAAGCGGAAGACGCUGGACGGCGUCGAUGAUCGCGUCGCGACCAAGACGCGGACGCUGGGCGGGGACCGCGUGAGGGAGAACGUGUCCGUGCGGGAGAUCUCUGGGUCGGCUGGCGCAGGAGGAGCGCUGGGAUUAUGGAGCGAGCAGAGUAGCGUUAUGGGUAGGCUCCAGGCACCGCCGGUCUUGACGUACGUCAAGGCGACAGUCGAAGGUAGUGAAGACGUGCUUGAGGGAAGGAACGCGGAGGAUGGUGGCCCUACCGAGGUGACGUUUGUGAGCGGGAAGCAAACGCAGUGGCUCGACUAUCUCCCGUCGCCUGUCAUCGCUCUUACCGCGACUGCCAACUUCUGCGCUGCCGCAAUGCAAGAUGGUUCGGUCAAUGUUUACUCCUCAACGGGUCGCCGGUUGAUGCCAACAUUGUCACUGGGAUCACCGUGUGCAUACUUGAGCGGUGCGAAGCACUCCCUUAUGCUUAUCACUGCGUCAGGGAUGCUCUACGUAUGGAACACGAAGAAGCAAGCCGCCGCCUUCCCAGCAACGUCAGUGCUACCCAUCCUCGGAUCGUCGCCCAACACGACCAUCGUCCACGCAGUGGUCCGUCCAAACGGUGCACCGGUCAUGCAGUUGUCGACCGGCGUCGCAUAUACCUGGGACGCUGCACUCUCGGCAUGGACAAAGCUCAGCGAAUCGUGGUGGGCAGAAGGCUCGGAAGCCUGGCAAGGCCGCCAGCGUUCCGGCCAAUCUGCAGCGCGUGGUGUCGUGGCUAUGCUCGAGAGUAGCAUCAGCGAGCGCGUGGGAGACAGCGCGGGGGCGGAUAAGCAACGACCGUCAUGGUGGCAUACCGCCCUUACCUUGGGUCAUCUGGAAACGAAGCUGCAUGCUGCGAAGGCGCUGGAGAGUCCGCAAGAGUACAAGCAAACGCUGCUCGUGUAUGCGAAACGGAUCGCCGACGAAGGGUUCCGGGGAAAAGCAGAGGAAUUGGUAAAGGAGCUUUUCGGGCCCGUAUACUGGCGUCCGGGCCGCGACGAUGCGUGGUCGCCUACAACCCUCGGCAUGUCCAAGCGCGAUCUUCUCAGAGAUGUACUCGCGAUCUUCGCUCGCAGCAAGACGCUCACGAAACUGGCCAUGGACUGGCAAGAUAUGCUCAAAAAGGCGACCAAUGAGGAAACAUGAUACAGACUGGACUGACCGAUACCGGUGAUGGAACAUGCAGUGCUCUAUCUCGUCAUGCAGGUUCUAGCUUUCUGUUGGGUGUAUAUCUUUAUGCUGUUUUUCUUGAAUGGCCGUGCAACGCUAUCAGUACAAAAAUGCCCGCACCGGUUUCGCACGCAUAUUGACCGCCUCAGCUCAGGCGUUUGGGCUACCUGAGGCCGGCUUGGACGUUACCAUCAUACAAUGUCUAUGAUACUCGAACAGGUUGGUACUUAGCGUCUUCGGUGCAGGCUAUUGCCGCACGGUGGCGGAUGCUCGACACACUAUGAUUUAGCACGUGGUUGUCGGUAUGUGACGU